GCCCUGACAUUGUCCCUGUAGCCUCACUAGAAACUCGGUGGAAGGACAAUGUUGAAGCUUUUUGCGUUAGUAAUAUUCGUGUGGGGAUGCGGCGCCUGGGCGGAUAGCAUGCUUUUGAACAAGCUCACUGAAAAAAGCUCCCGGCAAAAGAGGUUAUUAUUUUAUGAUGGUCAAGGCCAGUUAAUAAACACGUAUGGCAACUCACUGUACCGCUACGGUCAAAAUGAACAAAAUCUAUUCCACUGGAGCUUCUUACACAAUUUCAUAAGCCCACUUUACCCAACGGCUUUAGGCAGAACAUCCAUCGCGUACAUGGUACCGGUGUCAGACGCGGUGAUCCAACAGAUCAACAAGGACCCAGUGUACCAGAACAAACUCCUCAUACUGACAUACAAAGACCCGUUGGUGGAAGUCAACCCGCUCUGUGCCGCAAGGAGGACCCAGAUACCCUCCCCUCAUCUUUGCAGCAACUUCUUGAACUGCUGGGACGGAUGGGCGUUUGAACAGGAGUGUCCGGCCGGUCUGCUGUUCUCCAAUGAAGGUUUUUGUGACUACCCACAUAACGUGAAUUGCAAUAAUCGGAAAAUAAAGGAGCCUGUGAACCCAAUAUGCAACAAAGAGUUCGAAGCUUUCAGGAGCAAAGGGAACUGCAGUGAGUUUUUCGUGUGCGUGAACAACCUCCCCGUCCGGUUCAAGUGCCCAGCCGACCUUGCCUACAGCGAGGUUUUGGGUAUUUGUGACUACCCUAGCAGAGUGGUGUGUAAUGUCACACAAUCAAACACUUCAAACGCGCCAUCUAGCGUUCAAACUACUCAAGUUUUUACUGAAGAAACACCGACUGCAACUCCUAGUGUAGCAAGUUCAACUGCCUCUCCAACAGCCAUACCGAUACCAACACCGAAUGAUAAGAGUAUGGUGAUAAAUAAAUUGGAGUACAAUACACAAAGCUGGUCAUCAACCCACGUAGCUGUAUCGCGUCAAGAUGCAAUCCGUCAGUUGCAACUCGGAAAAAUCGCCCAACUCAAUGUAGAUAACUAAUUGAAUUUCCUCGAAUAAGUCGCCCAGUAUUGCUUACACCCAGUUUCGAACCCGUUAAGGUAUCUUGUAGUAUAAGGAAAUGAAGUCGUAACACUUUUAUGUUCACGUUUUAAAUUAUGCGCCGUCAUACAUACGCUUUUAUGGGAAACUUGUUUGUACCUAUUUUUUAAUAUACAUAUACUUACUAAAGACCAUAUGCAAAUAAAGAUUUAUUUGCAUUG